UUACAACAAAAUAAUUAUAGUGACGAUGAUCAAUAUGAACCCACAGAUUCCGAUGAGGAUUAUAGUGAGGAAGAGAAAGAGCUGUUGCAAGAAGUUCGAAAAGGCCGUUCUCGCGAUAAAUCCAAACAAAAUGAAGUGCUUGCUUUCACAGAGUCUGAAGACGAAGAUGAGGAGGAUGAUGGCGAAGCCGGUGGUGAUGAUGAGGAUGACGACGAAAUGGGUUUGGCCGACAGUGAUAUAGAGGGAGCAGAACAAAAUGACGAUUUACCCGAUACAAAAUAUUGGGGUAAAAAGUCGAGUGCCUAUUAUAAUACCGAUUUUGUGGAUCAGGAUUAUAGUACGUACAAUGAAAAGGAAGAGGAAUUGGCCCAACUAGAAGGAGAAGAAGCCAAAGCUAUACAAUUACGUUUGGCCAAACAGCUGAAGGAAGCCGAUUUCGAAUUGGACGACACAUUUAAGAAAUUGAAGAAAGCAAAGAAAUCCGCCGUUGUGGAUGAAGAGAAAAGUACUUUGCUUAAAGCCGAUUUCUCUGGGCUGAGUAAACGUGAACGUUUGGAAUUGUUCGAAAAAGAUUCUCCUGAGUUUGCAGGUCUUGUUGGUGAUUUCGAAGGUUAUCUGGAAGAAAUUCAACAGCUCCAUGCUCCCGUUUUAAAUUAUGUGCAUGCCAAUAAGGUGCCAAUGAUACCAGCUCUACAAUUUGCUCAACACUAUCAAAAUAUUGCUUUAACUUAUUGUAGCAAUUUGGCAUUUUAUUUAUUGUUAAAAGCCAAUAGAUCUUCGAUACAAAACCAUCCAAUUAUCCAGAGAUUAAUGCAAUUGAAAAAGCUACUCAACCAAUUGAAUGAUAAGCAUGAAAAUAUCAUAAAACCACAAUUGGAGGCAUUGUUGGAACGUAUACAAGAUUGUGACAUCUUUGAGGUAUUGGAAACGAAACAUGAUGAAGAAGGAGAACAGGAAGCGAAAAAGAAAACUAAACGUACAAAGAAACAAAGCAAAUUGGGUAUACUAUCUGGAUUUGAUGAAGCGGAUGAAGAACCCAAAAAGAAGAAACCUAAAACCACUGAUCAUGAUGAUGACGGUGACGAGGAUGAUGAUGCUCAUGCUAAAGAUUUGGCAACAUUGGCUCAAAUGUCUUCAGACGACGAUGAUGAUGGUGGCGAAGAAGAUGCCAUGGGCGAGGAAGAAGACUACGAAGAAGGUGAAGAUGCUGAAUCUCGUCGUGGUAUCACCUAUCAAAUUGCCAAAAAUAAGGGUCUUACACCACAUCGUAAGAAGGAACAACGUAAUCCUCGUGUGAAACAUCGUGGCAAAUAUCGUAAGGCCUUGAUUCGCCGCAAGGGUGCUGUUCGCACUGUACGCAAAGAAACAUCACGUUAUGGUGGUGAAAUUUCCGGUAUCAAGGCUACCGUUAGUAAGAGUAUUAAGUUUAGGUCUUAACA